AAGGCAAGACAAAGACAACAAUAUUGCCACAUAAUACUACAGAAGAUGUCUGAAAAGAGAAAACGCGAUGGCGACGACCGUGGCGGCGAGAAGAAACUACACAAGAAGGGUUUUCAAGUGGGCCCUGCAAACCUGCCCGAUGGCACCCACAGGCGGAAAGUGCAAAAGAUCAAGGCCGACUUGAUUGGCAAGGCGAAGAUUUGGAAAGAUUACGAGAAGCUGAAGAAGCAUGGGAAAGUGCCUGAGAAAGAGGAGAGCAUACCCAUUCCCGCGUCAAUGGCAGCAGAACUCGAGCAGGGAAGGGGUGAAGACGAGCCUACGGUCGCGCCGCAUCCGGACCGCCAAAUUCUUAUGGAUAAGGACGAAGAGCUAGAGCCAGAGCCGUCGCAGCGACGAGAGCGCAAACCUCGAGAGAGACGAUCAAAGGAAGCGCCGUUCAGGAAGGAGUACGAGCAGGCGCAGCAACGCAAAGCAGAGGCCGAACAGAGGCGAAAAGAGCGUGAAGAAGGGCAGCGUCAAAGGGAGAGGAAGAUUGCAGAGCGCGAGAAGUUCCGAAAGCAGAUGGCAAAGGCUAGGACGGGAGGCAAGAAUGGACAAAGAAAGCUGGGUCGCGAGAGUCAGCCGUUGCUAGACAAAGUGAGGAGAAUGAUGAGUGAGACGUGAGAGAUGCCGUUGGUCGGGCGAUUUGCGCAACGAAAUAAUCAAGGCUCCAAAAGCUGUGCGACUGCUACGCUAAAGGGACAGCACGAGCAGUCAUCACUCUCGUCUUCACUGCUAUAGUGCUAAAAGCAAGCCGGUGACCGAGCCUGGGUCUCAUAGCGGCGACUGCUGGAUAAGCAGAUUUCAUGGGUGUGCGAAGAUCGAGCCCAGGGCCGCGCAGUCCAGCUUGUCGUAGGCGCAACUGCUUUGGUAGCGAAAAGUUGCCUGUACGACGCACACGACGUGCCGAGGGUGGCUCACAGGCCUCGAUCUUGUAACCACAAGGUAUAUUAUCAGAAUGCAAGUUGACAGCAACACAUCCACCUGCAUGUAGUGAGUAAUUUUAGUGGCGAAU